AUCAAACGUAUUCCCUCCUGUCAAAAGUAUUGAUACAACCAGUCAUGCCGUUGUAAGAAUAUAAUUAAUGUGCGCGCCGCAAGUAGACUAGCGGAUAAGAGCUUUGGGCCAGUAAGAAAGGUUCCCCUAUAAGAUAAUACAAAUCGCUGGUUCGAAACCCUGAGCCGACUAGGUGAAAAAUUUGUCAAUCUGAACCUGAGCAAGGCACUUAACCCUAAUUGCUCUGGAUAAGAGCAUCUGCUAAAUGACUAAAAUGUUAUGUAUUUCCUGUGACAUACUUUGUUGACAUAUGAAACAUUUUACACAUGUUACUAUACAAGUUGUCUCUUUCUCUCUCAACCACUGUCAGCGACCUCUGCUUGCUGUUCCUUCACAAACUCCCAACCCCCACCACACCUCACCAUCAACUGGGUCUCCUGUGUGUGUUUGUGUGUGUGUUAAACCCCUCAGGAAUGUGGUUUUGGCUAUGGGGCGGGUGCUCGCUGUGCACCCUGCAGACCGGGGCGCUACAAAGAGGAAGCAGGAGGGCAGAAAUGCAAGCCGUGUCUAUCAUGUGCCCACACCAGCCGCCUCCAUAGAGCCAACUGCACCACCACAGGAAACGCUGUGUGUGGAGACUGUCUGCCCGGGUUCUAUAGGAAAACCAAGCUGAGUGGGUUUCAGGACAUGGACUGUGUACCCUGUGGAGACCCUCCUCAUGCCUAUGAGCCUCUCUGCAGUAGCAGGGUGAACCUGGUGCCCCUUUCGUCUGUUGUGGCAAGCUCCAGGGACACUGUCCUGGCUGUAGUCAUCUGCAUCGCUCUGACUUCUGUCCUACUGGCCCUAAUGCUUUUCUGUACCAUCUACUGCAAAAGACAGCUGGAGAAGAAACCUCAUGAGCCAUGCCAGGGUGGUAGCUGCCAUGAUGCAAAGUUCCCCAGCUUUGAGAAUAUUCAGGACCAUCAGCUAUAUCAAAUCACCUCAAACUGCUACCAUGGCACAGGCAUAACUUGUGGUCAAGUGAAGCUUUUCCCUUAUCAGUUCUCUGAGGAACCUUGCAGCAUGGAGAACAGCAAUGGUAUGGCCACAUAUCCUGCCUGGGACUCACAGAGAAGACCACUAGAGAACACACUGCCCAGUAAGCUGAACCAUGACCUCUAUCAAACUGAUGUGGAAGUGUCUGAUGAGAAGACGUGGACCCAUACUGUAUUAAACUAAAGAUCUGGGAUUCACUAAACUGUACUGAGUAGGCCUAAAAGCAGAGACCAUUUCUUCAUGAGGAUAACCUUUGAUAUGUUGACUGUCAUCAUAACAGACUUGUUGUUAUGUGAAAGACAUUGCAACUGCUGACAGAAACGUGACUUGCUGGUUUCAAAGCCAUUCAAACGUGUAUUUUCUGCUUCUGUUAUUUUCCAGAGCUCAUCUCAUUGACAUGUGUGGGCCAAUGUCUGAUAUAGUGCAGGUUUAAAUUUAACCAAUUCUCUUGGAUUUUUAAAAAUGUUAAAAUAUGUACAAUGUAUACAUUUAAAAAGCUUGUAAUUUACAGUCUCAUCCAAAAUGAUUGGCACCCUUGAUAAAGAUGAGCAAAAAAUUCUGAGCUAUUGUAUUUUAUAGUAGUACAAAUGCUUAGAAAAAGAUUGUUUAACAAAUAAUAAAACAUCUCAAAAUGAU